CGGAAACCCACCCCAUCGAAUUCCCAUCUCACGCUCCGCUCUUUUCGUCCGUCUCCAUUCCUCUAUUUUGCAGCAGCCCUCCUUCGUUUUCGCUUCUAAUAUAUACUCUCGUCGCAUACGCUUCCUAAAACCCUUCUCUCUCAUUUUUCAUUGGCUGCCACCAUCGUCACUGCGCCCACUGCAGCCGCUGCCGCUACUGAUCAAUCUCGCCGCAAAAUCCACAAAAUCACAGCGCCGUGAACCGUCGCAACUCGACUCCGCACGCAGAUCGAUCCACCCUGCGCCUCUUUCCUGGCGAAACAAAUAAAAAAAGCCGCCCAUCGAGCCGAUCCAUCGCUAGGGUUUACUGGCGGAGCGCUAGCGAAGAAGGUGCCGAUGGACGACCUCGAGAAGGCGAUCCUCCUCGCAUACGAGCCGAGCGUCGCCGACUCCACGCUCCGCGCUCAGGCGAUUGCCUUCUGUGACCGCGUGAAGGCCGACGCUUCAGCACUCAUCCGCCUCUGCCUCGACCGCCUUCAGCGCUCCCCGCUCGUUCCCGUUCAGUUCUGGUGUCUUCAGGCCCUCCACGAUGUCAUCCUUCUGCGCUACUCCUCUAUUCCCCCCGCCGACCUCCCCCUCCUCCGCUCCGCCAUGCUCUCCCUUGCCUCCGAUCGCCCUCUCCCCAUCGCCUCCCCUCCUUUCCUCAGGAAUAAGCUCGCCCAGGCCGUUGCCGCCCUUAUCCGCCAUGAGUACCCUGCCUCAUCCUGGCCAGAUCCUUUCCUCUGCGUACUCCCCUCUCUCCCCGCUGCCGACCCCGCUUCCAUUGACAUGUUUGCCCGCUUCCUUGCCGCUCUCGAUGAUGACCUUCUCAGCCUCGACUAUCCCCGCUCCUCCGAGGAGGUCUCCGCUGCUUCCCAGGUUAAGGACACCAUGCGCCAGCAAUGCGUCCCUCAGAUUGCCCGCCACUGGUACGACGCGGUGUCGCUCUACAAUUCCUCGGACCCUUCCCUUGUCACUUUAGUACUCGACACCAUGCGGCGUUACAUCACUUGGAUCGACAUUGGUCUGGUCGCCAAUGAUGCUUUCGUCCCUCUCCUCUUCGACCUCAUUCUAGCUCCUAGCUCAACUGAUCAACUCAGGGCUGCUGCUGGUAGCUGUGUUCUUGCAAUCGUUCUCAAGAGAAUGGAUCAUCGCCAGAAAAUGGCUCUUCUCAGCAGUCUUCGACUAAGUAGGAUUUUUGCCAAUCCUGAUUUGGUCCAGAAGGUUCCAGCUUUGGUCACUGGUUAUGCUGCUGAGGCUCUCGAAUGCUACAAGAGGUUGGGCUCUGCGGAUACGGAUGGUUAUUCACCUCUCAAUCUUCUCGACGAGGCCUUGCCUUCUAUUUUGUAUGUGAUGCAAGAAAGUGAGGAAAUGGAGUUAAGUAAUGUUGUUGCUUUUCUGUCAGAUUAUGUGAUCGCUAUGAAGUCCCAUUCUGCAAAACAAGCAAUGUACCUUAGUCAGAUCCUUGAAGCUAUUAGAGUGCAAAUUCUCUAUGAUCCUAUGUACAGGAACAAUCUUGAUUUACCAGAUAAGAUUGGUAAAGAGGAAGAGGAUCAGAUGGGAGAACAUCGGAAAGAACUAUUAAUACUCUUUUCUAGCAUUUGCCGAGUGGCACCAAGUGUGACCCAGCUUUUUAUUCAAAAUUUAGCAAUUACAGCCUUGUCUUCUUCCAAAAGUAGUGUGGAGGAUGUAGAAGCGAUGCUUACUUUAUUCUACAGGUUGGGUGAGACAAUAAAAGAAGAAGCUAGAACUGGCAAUGGUUCGUUGGGUGAGUUGGUGCAGUUGCUCCUUUCAGCACGAUUUCCUUGCCAUAAUCAUCGUCUUGUUGCACUGAUCUACCUUGAGACAGUCUCAAGGUUUAUUAAGUUUGUUCAAGAUAAUGCUCAAUAUAUACCUCAUGUACUAGCUGUCUUCUUGGAUGAAAGAGGUAUACGCCAUCCAAAUCUUAAUGUGAGCAGACGAGCUAGUUAUCUUUUCAUGAGAUCUGUCAAGUUACUGAAAGCUAAGUUUGUGCCUUAUCUGGAUGUGAUUUUGCAAGGAUUGCAGGAUAUUGUGGCUCAAUUCACUAGUUCAGAUUGGAGCUCCAAAUAUCUUAAGUGUUCAGGUUCUGAAGAUGGUAGCCAAACAUUUGAGGCAAUUGGAUUAUUGAUUGGGAUGGAAGAUGUUUCCCCAGAAAAGCAAUCUGAGUAUUUGGCAGCACUUCUUGAUCCUCUUUCUCAAAAGCUGAAGGGGCUUCUUUCAGAUGCCAAAGCACAGGGCCUAGAAGAAUCAUCAGCAAAAGCCUCAACCAUCCAGCAAAUUAUUAUGGCUUUGAAUGCUUUAAGCAAGGGUUUUAAUGAGCGACUUGCUAUGAGUAGCCGCCCAGCCAUUGGAAUUAUGUUUAAAAAGACAUUGGGGAUUGUCUUGGAAAUUCUCGUCUCAUUUCCAAAUAUUAGAGCUUUGAGAAAUAAGAUCACAUCAUUCAUUCAUCGCAUGGUUGAAAUUUUAGGAGCAUCUAUCCUUCCGUUCCUUCCAAUGCCGCUAAAGCAUCUUCUUGUGGAGAAUGAGCCAGAAGACAUGGUUGAUUUUCUUGUACUGGCCAAUCAACUAAUAUGCAAAUUCUCCACUUCUUUAGAGCCCAUACUAGAAGAUAUAUUUCCUGCUAUUGCAAGUAGACUAAUUGAAAUACUUCCAAGGGAUGCAUUUUCAUCAGUACCUGGAUGCAUUACAGAGGAAGUGCGAGAACUUCAAGACCUGCAGCGAACACUGUAUACCUUUCUUCAUGUGAUGGCAAACCACAAUCUUUCCUUGGUUUUCAUCGCUCCAAGUUGCUGGAGAUUCUUGGAUGUAAUAAUGCAGUUACUUUUAAUAACUGCUUGUAGUCACAAGGAUAUACUUCUUAGGAAGAUGUGCGUGCAAAUUUUUGUGAAACUCAUAAAAGAUUGGUGCACCAGUUGUAAUGGUGAUGAUAUGGUUCCUGGAUUUCGCAGCUUUAUAAUCGAGAAAUUUGCAAUCAAUUGUUGUCUGCACAGUGUCCUUGACAAAUCAUUUGAUUUCCGCGAUGCAAAUUCUUUGAUCCUUUUUGGAGAAAUCGUGCUGGCCCAGAAAGUAAUGUAUGAGAAGUUGGGUAGCGACUUUGUUGUAUAUUUUGUGUCUAGCGGGCUACAAGGAGUUAAUUGCCCACAUGAACUAGUAGAACAAUAUUAUGAAAAGUUGCAGACUGAUGAUUUGAAGGCUAUGAAAUCUUUUUACCAUCUAUUAAUUGAGAAUUUGAGACAGCAGCAAAAUGGAAGUCUUGUUUUUAGAUAGAAUAUUUUUAUGAUAUGUUCAAAAUGAGUCAACAUCAGAGGCUAGUUGCAUAAUUUAAUGAUUUUGGACUUGCUUGCCUUGUGCAGGCAUUCAGGGAAGUUUUGUCCAUGUACAUAUAGUCAUUGAGAAUUGAGAUACAUUUGAAGGUGAGAAGAUGCUGUACACUGCGGGGAUGUUUUCUGCCAGAACAACACAAAGGAGCUCCCUUAUAUAAGCUUCUGAAAUGUCGUUAAUGGGAGAAAAAGAUCAAUAAAACAUUGUCUAUAUUUUUUGUCGCUCCAAAGGAAUAAUUUUAUUAUUUAAAUUUGUUCUCGUUAAUUUGUUAUUUUUAUCACGUGAUAUAAGGGUUUUUUUGCAUGUCCAGAGAAUAAGUAGGGAUUCGUGUUGAGCAGGACAAACGUAUUAUAAACUUAUGUUGUAGCUUGAGGGGAAAAUCAAAAGAAAUAAUAAAUUGUGAAACAA